AUGUAAUAAUCAAUAGCAUUUAAAGUUUUUAAGAAUUUCGAUAUUUUUGGGCAAAAUAUCCAAUUGAAUUUCAAUGGUGAUGAUUCUUACCAAACAGCCACAGGAGGUAUUUUUUCGAUUACGAUCAUCGCUGUCAUUGCCUUCUUUUUCUAACAAAAUAUUGUAGAUUUCUUGAGUAAAAAUUAUGUCAAUUUGGAUGUACAAACCUUAUUUGAUGCGAAUCCAGAUGAUAUUCUCUUUAAUGACGAUAAUUACAUGUUUGCAUUAGCCAUUGAAUAAAGCAAAUUUAACACCAAUCCUUACUUCAACAUCACUCUUAAAUAAAGAAUCUAUACAAGAUUAAACAAUGGAACAACAAUCAAAUAAGAUUCAUUCAUAGAUCUGAUACCUUGCACUAUUGACAGAUUUCAAAACAUAUUUAAUAAUUAAAAUUUCACCGAUCAAUUUAUCUCUCUCGGAUUGUCAGAAUGGUUAUGUCCUCAAUACAAUUAUUCAAUCAGAUUAUCGGGAGGAUACACCAGUUAACUAUUUUAAUUCACAAAAGUAACUGUCUCUGAAUGUUCAAAUAAUACUGACAAUAAUGAAAUCCUAACUUGGAAGCCAAAAUGCGCAAGUUCAUCUGAAAGAGAUGCUCAUCUAAACAAUGAUCGCUCAUUCAGAAUUAAGAUGUAUAUGACUAACACCAUCAUUAAUCCAUUAUAACCAAAAAAUAUAUCCUAAGUCUUCCUUGAUGAUGAACUCUUCUUUUCCUUCAUUUUGCAAACUGGAACCGAAACCGAUGUCUUUUAUUAGAAGUAUAAUGUCACUACUAAUCAAAACAUAUUCCCCUACAUCGAAGAUAAUCAGGAACAGUUAUUCAACAUCAAACAACAAGGAGAUUUUAGAGUCAACAAUGUCUAAAACAGCGGUUCAUCCUACUCUGCCAUUUACAUGAGAAGAAGUCCAUACACCUAUUAAGUCAAGAGAGAUUUUCAAGAUUUAGCAGAUUUACUCUCCUAUUUGGGUGGUUUUGCCAACAUUGUUGUCAUGAUCUUUGGGUUUUUUAUAUCCUUUUACAAUAAAUCCUAAUUCAUGAUAGAAUUGGCAAAUUAAGUGUACGAUUUCCCAAUUAAAAAUAUAAAUAACAUCGAUACUCAGUAGAGAAAAGAAAUCAAAAAGACCAUAGCUAGAGCCAAAAGCAGAACAAUUAUAUUAAAACCAAAUACUCAAAAUUCAUAAUUAUAAUCACCAAAAUAUAACCAAAAUCAAUAAUUUAUUAACAAUGAUACCCCUAAAUAAGAUGAUUAAUGCGUGACAAAAUAGGACGAAUAGCACACUUUUUAAUAAGAGCAAGAAAAAAUCAUUUAGUAAUUAGGUAUCACUAAUAGAAAGAGCUAUUUAACUUAGUAAAUUGAAAAGAUCUUAAAUAGAAGUCGACCUAUUUUCUUUAAUUGUAGAUAUAUUUUAUACCAAUUAUUCUGUUAAAGGUUCUUCUAUGAUAGGAACAGUAUACUUCUAUAAAAGGCUAUUAAAAAUAUCAAUCAAGACUUAGAUCUUUGUGUUAUUAUCGAUAAGGUCAAAGAAAUUAACUUGUUGAAAGAACUGUUAUUAACUGAAGACCAACUAGUGUUAUUUGACUUUGCUCCCAAAGAGGUUAUCAAUUUAGAAGAGGACAAAAAGUAAACUACGAGAAGUUUAGCCAGGAACACUUUACGAAAUUUUCACCAGAUAUCCAGUAUUCUUAACACUAAGGAUGAAUAAAAUAAGUCUAAUCAAUCGAUAAAUACUUAUUAUAAGCUUUUUUAGGCUUAUGAUCGAAUGCAUUAAGCCUUGUAAUAGAAUGAUAAGAUCAAUGAAAAAUUGAUUGGGAAGUUGGGACAAGAAGUUAGAGAUAUUUUUGAAGUUUCUCAGUUUAUUUAAUGGGAAAAUAACAGGAAAAUGAAUAGUGAACCUUUGGAUGAUGAGUUUUAAUGCGAUUCCGUAAACUCCGAUCCUCCAUGCAUUACUAGUCUAGAUUAAUUUAAAGUUAAUUUUAAAUUAAAUAGUUGA